CAUGCGCAGUGCUUUGAAUUUCGGGCUUGGUCUGUUACACAACUGUGUCUUUCUUCAUUCUGCCUACAGCUCCUCGCCGGCAUUUUACUUUAACAGGCUUUUAACAGUGUUAUUUUAAAAAUAAGACCCAUAGAAAUGAGUGGGGACCAUUCCCACAACGAUUCCCAGAUCGACUCGGGAUCCAGACAUAAUGAUUCUCACAAACACAAAGAUAAAUACAAGGACAAAGAACACAAACACAAGGACCACAAGAAAGACAAAGAACGUGAGAAAUCAAAAUACAGCAACAGCGAACACAGGGACUCCUCGGAUAAAAAGCACAGAGAUAAAGAUAAAGAGAGGCUGAAGCUCAAAGAUGGAUCUUCAGACAAGCAGAAGGACAAACACAAGGAGAAGAAAAAGGAGGAAAGGUCUUUCGAUGGCAAGCCCAAAAAAGAGAAAGAGAAUGGAUUUGAAAGCCCUUUCAUCAAGUCUGAACCUGAGAAUAAUGACUUCUACCAUUCUCCUAAACACGAGAAGUCUCUGAAGAGAGAGCGCGAUGAUGACGUCAGUGCCGAGUUCAAGCCCAAAAAAAUUAAAACCGAGGAAAGAGAAAAGAAGGCAAAGAAACGGGAACAGGAAGAGGAGGACAUUAAGCCCAAAAAGAAGACAAAAGUCAAGAAAGGAGAAGCUGUCACAGAUGGCAAGAAAAAAGCAAAAAAAGAGCCAGAAGAGAAGUGGAAAUGGUGGGAGGAAGAGAGGUACACGGAUGGCGUGAAAUGGAAGUUUUUGGAACACAAAGGGCCUGUAUUUGCGCCACCAUAUGAGCCUCUUCCCAGCAAUGUCAAGUUCUAUUAUGACGGAAAACACAUGAAACUCAGCCCUGGUGCAGAGGAAGUGGCCACCUUCUUCGCAAAAAUGUUGGACCAUGAGUACACCACUAAGGAUGUUUUUCGGAAAAACUUCUUCAAAGAUUGGAGGAAGGAAAUGACAUCUGAAGAGAAAUCCAAACUCACAGAUCUGAACAAGUGUGACUUUUCUGAAAUGAGUGAAUAUUUCAAAGCUCAAUCCGAAGCCAGGAAGGCCAUGACUAAAGAAGAGAAACUGAAAAUUAAAGCGGAGAAUGAGCGCAUUCUGCAGGAGUAUGGCUUCUGUGUCAUGGACAAUCACAAAGAACGCAUUGCUAACUUCCGUAUUGAGCCUCCAGGCUUGUUCCGUGGCAGAGGUGACCAUCCGAAAAUGGGCAUGCUGAAGCGUCGUAUCCGUCCUGAGGACAUUAUCAUUAACUGCAGCAAGGACUCAAAUCAUCCUAAACCACCACCUGGGACAAAGUGGAAGGAGGUGCGUCAUGACAACAAGGUGACAUGGCUGGUGUCCUGGACCGAGAAUAUCCAAGGCUCUAUCAAAUACAUCAUGUUGAACCCCAGUUCAAGGAUCAAGGGAGAGAAGGAUUGGCAGAAAUAUGAAAUGGCCCGUCGGUUGAAAAAGUGUGUGGAUCGGAUCCGUGCGCAAUACCGCGAGGACUGGAAAUCAAAAGAGAUGAGGAUCAGACAGCGUGCUGUUGCUCUUUACUUUAUUGACAAGCUGGCUCUGAGAGCAGGUAAUGAAAAGGAGGAAGGAGAGACGGCUGACACAGUGGGCUGCUGCUCACUCAGAGUGGAACAUCUAACUCUCCAUCAAGAGAUGGACGGCCAGGAGUAUGUGGUGGAGUUCGACUUCCUUGGUAAAGACUCCAUUAGAUACUACAACAAAGUCCCCGUAGAGAAGAGGGUUUUCAAAAAUCUUCAGCUGUUCAUGGAGGACAAGGAGCCGGAGGAUGACCUCUUCGACCGUCUCAAUACCUCUAUUUUGAACAAGCAUCUUCAGGAGCUGAUGGAUGGACUUACGGCUAAAGUGUUCCGUACUUACAAUGCCUCCAUCACACUACAGCAGCAGCUGAAUGAACUCACAACCUCUGAAGACAAUGUUCCUGCAAAGAUCCUUUCCUACAAUCGUGCUAACAGAGCAGUAGCCGUCUUGUGUAACCACCAGAGGGCACCACCCAAGACGUUUGAGAAGUCCAUGCAAAAUCUUCAGACAAAGAUUGAUGCAAAGAAGGAACAGCUUGCCGAUGCUAAAAGAGAACUGAAGAGUGCCAAGGCUGACGCCAAAGUACGCAGAGAUGAAAAAUCCAAGAAGGCCGUGGAGUCCAAGAAGAAAGCUGUGCAGAGGAUCGAGGAGCAGCUGAUGAAGCUGGAGGUACAGGCCACCGACCGGGAGGAGAACAAGCAGAUCGCCCUGGGUACCUCCAAGCUCAACUACCUGGACCCACGUAUCUCAGUAGCCUGGUGCAAGAAGCUUGGCGUCCCGAUAGAGAAGAUCUACAACAAAACUCAGCGUGAGAAAUUUGCCUGGGCUAUCGACAUGGCUGAGAAAGACUAUGAAUUUUAAAUCCUCUUUGCAAUUUUACUUCUCCCUCCACCCCAAAAUUUUUUUUUCAAAUUUUUAUUUUUAAUAGAUACUUUUAGUCUAAGUGAUUUCCAGCAGGUUAUGAACCUGGCAAGGGAAAAGAUGUGAAGCAAGCAUAGUGUCGAGGAGGCCUGAAUGUCAUGAUUUGGGUGACUGAUUUUUAUUUUUUUUAGGCUGUGACCUGUAAUCUUGUAGGUUUUAUUGGGUCGGUCUUUUAAGAAUGAAGUAUGGACGGCCUGUGCGUGAGGUUGCAUGGUCUUUAAGCCAGGAACUGGAGAAUCAGUGGCUUGACCUUUUGAACACUUUUACUGUCUCACUCCCCUCCCAUCUCUGGACAACGGGGCCUAAGGAUGUCUGAAAACUAUGAACUUACAUGGUCCUAUAGCUACUGUAUUCAACUACAACUUGCUUUGUGGAUCGUGUCAUAUUUAGUUUUGCUGUAUUUUUAGCCCUCCUGUAUUAAUAAUGAAUUCUAUAUUUUAAUAGAAGAUUAAAAAAAAA